UGCAUGGCUGGGAGGGAAUCUGGCAGCAGCAGAAAGACGUCCUUGAUGGCUUUUCUGCCGUCUCCCCCGUGUGGUGAGGAGGAAAGACCAGCCAUGCAAGCAGCCCAGGGUCAAGUGACCUUUGAAGAGGUGGCCGUGUAUUUCUCCAAGGCGGAGUGGAGCCUGCUGAGCCCAGCCCAGAGAGCUCUGUACAAGGAAGUCAUGCUGGAGAAUUUUGGGAACGUGGCUUCCGUGGGUGAGGAUCCAUUUCUUUCUGGGCCAGUCUUCAUAGUGGGGGACAUUUUUGAGAGGCAUGGAAUGCCUCUAUGUUGUCCUGAUCUUGUGGCAUUUCAGAAUUCAAAUUGAUCGGCACCUUGAACAUAAUACACCAGACAUAACAGUUGUGGGAAAUUGAAAAGUCUGGAUAAUUGACAUCCUGGAGACGCCAGAGUCGAAGAAAGAGAACAAGAAAAAAUGAUUAAAUAUAGAGAUCUGGCAAUAGAAACCAUCUGACUAUGGAAGAAGAAUGCAACAGUAGUCCCCUUUGUCAUCGGGGCCCUUGGAACCAUCUUGAAAAACUUUGCAGUUCAUAUGGAAAAACUGCAGCUUUCUGACGUAACACCUACAGAACUGCAAAAGAUGGCGCAACUUGGAACAGCGUACAUAUUACGUUAAUAUCUAGUUGAUACUAAGGUCGCAGGUGGAAACUUGUAUCAGCUUAGCAAGGCCUAUCAGUAACAACAUGUGACCUCUGCUUAUUGUCGAUUGUUUUUUGGAUAAUUUGAAUAACAACAACAUUUGAUUUAGAUACCACCCUUCAGGAUGACUUAACACCCACUCAGAGCAGUUUACACAGUAUGUUAUUAUCUCCACAACAACAAACACCCUGUGAGGUGGGUGGGGCUGAGAGAGCUCCAAAGAGCUGUGACUGACCCAA